GGGCGUGCCCUUGUCAAUCAAAUCCCCCCCGUCCAAUCACCACAAUUUGUCCUUUACACUCGCGUCAUUGCGACCGGUUGUGCUCCAUUCAAGAUGUCGGCGGGGUAUGUAUACAACGUGUGUGUCCGGACGAGCCGGGGCCUCUUGCGACUGGGACCCGGGAUCAGAGCCGGUCCAGGAGCUGCGGUACCUGCCGGGAUCCGGGCGAUGCACUCUGACCGGCCGGCCGGCAGAGAGGACAGCGGUACCGGUGGGCUGGCUCAGGCCAUCCUGCAGGACCGACUCCAGCAGCAGCAGCUCAAGAGCCAGGGGGAGCCGGCCGGCGACGCAGAGGGGCAGGGGCAGCAGGGGCAGCAGGACCGGGGCGAUGAGAGGAAGCAGAAGGAGAACACGGCCUACGCCAAGAAGAUCGUGCUGAGGCUGGCCGGCGUGCUGGCGCUGGGCGGCUCCGUCGGCGUGGUGUACCUCUUCGGCAGCAGUUCUAUGGAUGAACAAGGGAACAAGAUUCCAGAUGAGUUCGACGGUGACCCUCCUGUGAUCCAGCAGGUGCGGAGAACCUACAAGUAUUUCAAAGACUACAGACAGAUGAUCAUCGAGCCCACGAGCCCCAAGCUGCUGCCAGACCCCCUGAAGGAGCCCUACUACCAGCCCCCCUACACCCUGGUGCUGGAGCUGACCGACGUCCUGCUGCACCCUGAGUGGUCGCUGGUAACGGGCUGGCGCUUCAAGAAGAGGCCCGGGAUCGAUUUUCUGUUCCAGCAGCUGGCGCCACUCUACGAGAUCGUCAUCUUCACCUCCGAGACGGGCAUGACGGCCUUCCCCCUGAUCGACAGCAUCGACCCCCAGGGCUUCGUCAUGUACCGGCUCUUCAGGGACGCCACGCGCUACGUGGAGGGGCACCACGUCAAGGACGUCUCCUGCCUGAAUCGGGACACCUCGAAGGUGAUCGUGGUGGACUGCAAGAGGGAGGCCUUCAGCUUGCAGCCCUUCAACGGGCUGGCCCUGCAGAAGUGGGACGGGAAUUCGGAGGACCGUGCCCUCUACGACCUGGCGGCCUUCCUCAAGACGAUCGCUCUCAGUGGGGUUGAAGACGUCCGCACAGUGCUGGAGAACUACGCCCACGAGGAGGAUCCCAUUGCAGCCUUCAAACGCCGACAAGCACAGCUUGCACAGGAGGAGCAGCAGCGCCUGUCGGAGAGCUCCCAGCACAAGUCCCAGGGCCUGUCUCUGGGCUCCAUCGCCGGCCGCUUCUGGCCCCGCUCCAAGCAGCAGUGAGCGCCGCUCUCCCGCCCGCCGGCCGCCGUCCUCCUCGCCGCGAGCCAGCUGCCCGGCAGAGGGGGCACUCGGGGUGGCGAGGUGAGGAGGGGCACGGGCACCCGAUCCGGUCCCUGCACAGCGGCGAUGUCACAGGGAGAGGGGAGAGGGCUCCCCGUUUUCCUCUGCAGCCUCUACUGCGGACGCCCCGCCGCCAGGCCUGCCCAGGACAGCGCAAGGACAGAGCGGGGUCCACUCCUGCCAGCCGGGACUUCCGUCCGCGCGGAGCCGGACUGUGAGCGAGCGAUCCUGGCCGGCUUCAUACUCCUGCCUCCACACCCUCGGAUUCUGGGAUUCAGUCUGGACUCCGGACCAUCGCUGCUGAAUCAGGAGGAGCGUUGGAGUCGGACCUGGGGGCACUAUUUUUUUGGGGGUCUGUCCUUGUGGCCACUUGUGCUGUGUUAACAAACCUCAGAGACUGGGCAGUGUGGGUGGGGGGGUACAAUUCUGGUGACUUUGUUGUGGGGGGGUUACUCUGAAUGUAGGGGACGUGUGUAUUUUCAUUAGCCUGGACAGCACUGCUGCAGCAGUUUCUGCAACAGCCUCAGCAGGGGGGCGUCGCUGCUUGGCGCCGUGCAGAGAGCAGCUUGAAAUAAACCUGCCCUGUCCAACGGAUGCGCUGCUUUGUCCUGUGUGUGGUGACACGCCGCCCACUCAAACCGCGCGGCGGUGGCGGCGCUCGAAAACCAGCCCCCCCGAUGUCUUUUCUCCGCGGCGGCUCCUGUGUUGCCCUUCCGGCUCUCGGGGCUUGGAUCGGGCCUGGCGAGCGCUGGGGCUCCCAGCCACCCAUCUGAACACCCUCCAGCUUCCAAGCACGAGGGUUCCUGGAAUGAAAUCCUUGCUUACAUGAUCAGCUGAUGUCCCGUAUUUAGGGUGACACACAGGGCUAACUGGAUUGGGGUUUUCCAGGCCCACGAGUAAAGACCCCGAGGUGCUGCCCUCUGGUGCUGUGGUAUACUGUUUCACCAGUGGGUGUAGCAGACCUGAUCUCGCAGUAUGUGUCCUGAUUUGUAUGGAUUUAAAAAAUUGUGAUAUAUUAAACUGAAGUACAACUGCCUUAUAUUCUAAAACCAA